GUCAAUCUAAAGACGUUCCUCUUGAAACCAACAGAAACGCCUGAACAGUGGAGACACACAGGAGAGGAGAUAAAAUAUGUUGAGGGGAGCAUAGACUGCCUUUCAAACCCAAUUGUUGUUACACUGACCCCAAAUGCAUGACUCAACUGAUAUUCCCCUGAGAUGCUUUGAAAAGAGGAAGAGGUGGAUUUUGUGAAAAAACGGCAACAUCCAAAGUUUCCUGGAAACAAAAUCAUACUCAAUCAAAGAUGGCUGAAAUGGCUACAGUUGCACACGAUAACUCUACUGGCAGAGAGAACCAGUCCUUGCACUGCAUAUCCACUCAGCAUCUGGUGGCCGACAUACUGCCUCCUGUCCUGAUUAUAGAGCUCCUACUGGGCCUGCCAGGCAACGUAGUGGCCCUGUGGAUCUUCACUUGCCGUCUGAAGAUCUGGAGGGUCAACACUCUGUUCCUCUUCAACCUGGUCCUGGCUGACUUCAUGCUGCUCAUCUGCCUGCCCUUCCGCAUUGACAACCUGCUCCGUGGGGAACACUGGGUGUUUGGCGACGCCUGGUGCCGGAUCAACCUCUUCAUGCUGGCUGUCAACCGUUCGGCAAGCAUUGCCUUCAUGACUAGCGUGGCCUUCGACCGCUACUUCAAGGUGGUCCAUCCGCACCACCGCAUCAACCACAUGACGUCUACCCAGGCGGGAAUGGUGGCGGGGGGCAUCUGGGCGGUAGUGAUCUCCCUGCGGGUCCCCCUGCUGGCCACCAACCUCCUAGGGGAACAUGGCAACAUCUCCCUGUGCCGCAGCUUCAGCUCCUACACCGUGAUUCCCCCGGCGAUCCUGCUGCACUACACGGUGUUCAUCGGGGAGUUCUUCCUGCCUCUGCUGCUCCUGCUGUUCUGCUCAGUCAGGAUCGCCUGCAUCCUGCGCCAACGGCAGCUGGACAAAGAGAAGAAGGUGCGGCGGGCCAUCCGGGUGGUGGUGCUAAUUGUGGCUGUGUUUGUGCUGUGUUUCUUUCCUGGCAUCGCCACAGGCCUGGUUUCACUCUAUAUCAAGGCGUUCAGACCUUGGGACUGUGAAUCCUACAAAAUGGCAGGCCAGCUUUUCAGCCUGUCCAUUGGCUUCACCUACCUUAACAGCGCCCUGGACCCGGUCAUCUACUGCUUAUCCAGCUCCAUGUUCCAGAACUCCCUCAAGAGCUCCAUCAAUAAGAUGGGCCUGGUGGAGUUGAGGCUGAGCCGACGGGGAAGCAUGGCCAGCGAUGGGUGAGGGAGGCAACUCUGGCCCUUUCCUCCAGAGACAGGCCCCACCUUCUAGAAGGUCCUAAUAAGGAGAACAGACUCAUGGCAGUGAAUUGAAUGGAGACUAGACAGUGGAAUUUUACAGCUGUAAUUAACAAGCCAUAUGUUAUAUUCAGAAACAUUUCGUAGCUAUGUGGGAUACGUACUUGAAAUGGCUGAAUACCAGUUAGUGUGAAACAAAGAUAAGAAACAUUUCGUAGCUAUGUGGGAUAUGUACUUGAAAUGGCUGAAUACCAGUUAGUGUGAAACAAAGAUAGGAAAAGGAAUAAAACCAUUCCAUCUGAAUUUGACAUUAUUUUCACAACCAUGUGAUGUUGUAGAAUGGCAUUAUGUUUUUGUCUUGAUUUACUAACAUGUCUGUCAAACACACCAUCAUUUUUUACCAAAUACAGUAUUCAUACAGCAAGAUGUUUAAUCAAGUGUAUGUGUUACUCAGUUCUUUAUAAAAUAUAUAUUUUUAUGUGAUGUUUGUGCUUAGAGUAUACUGUACACUGUGUACAAAACAUGUUCUUUCCAUUAUAUAGACUGACCAGGUGAAUCAAGGUGAAAGCUAUGAUCCCUUAUUGAUGUCACCUGUUAAAUGAAUUUCAAUCAUUGUAAAUGUAGGGGAGGAGACAGGAUUUGUACGUCUUGAGACAAUUGAGACAGGAUUGUUAAGCCUUGAGACAAUUGAGACAUGGAUUGGGUAUGUGUGCCAUUCAGAGACAAUAGAUUUAAGUGCCUUUGAAUGGGGUAUGGUGUUAGGUGCCAGGCGCAGUGGUUUGAGUGUGUCAAGAACUGCAACGCUGCUGGGUUUUUCACAACAGUUUCCCGUGUGUAUCAAGAAUUGUCCACCACCCAAAGGACAUCCAGUCAACUUGACACAGCUGAGGGAAGUAUUGGAGUCAACAUGGGCCAGCAUUCCUGUGGAACGCUUUCAAAACCUUGUAGAGUCCAUGCUCCAAAUUGAGGCUGUUCUGAGGGCAAAAGGGAUGCAACGCAAUAUUAGGAAGGUGUUCCUAAUGUUUUGUACACUGAGUGUAUAUUUUUCCAUCUAUAUAUUUUGUUCAUUUGUGAUGAAUGAAAUGGCAAUAAAGAUUAUCCUGAAUGUUAUGUAAAAUACAUAUGAAGCCACAGAUGAAGCCUGUCAAAGCCACAGAAGCCACAGAUGAAGGGGAACUCUUGAUUGCUGCUGGGGGAGAGAGACUCUUCUCUUCAAAGACUCACAUUAUCCACACAAAAGUGCUACAUAUCAUCCUUUGUUGCACAGCAGCUGGUAGCAGCAAGGGAACUCAAUCAAUGGCUGUAGGUGUAAUUACUGCUGAGCUACCACUGCUGUGCCAACAUGUGACUCUGACAUGUGGCUUACUGGGACGA